UAGGGUGAAGUAUGAUCCCGCAGACUUCUCUCUGACACUGAACAACCCUCAGAAGAAUGACACUGGACUCUACUCAGCUGAGAUACAUCCACCGCAAGGACAGAGAGUAGAAUACAUGUACAAUCUCUCUGUUCUAGAGCAUGCAGCAGUCCCCAUCCUGACUGUGUUGUCCCACCAGUCCAGCCCUGACUCCUGUCAUGUGACUCUGAACUGCACAGGAAGCGAUGUGUCCCUGACCACCAACUGCUCAAGAAACAACAACACCAAUCACAAUAUGACUUGUUCUCAGGAGGAUGAGGAAGACAGCAUGCUUUUCAGCUAUCGUCCAAACAGGUUCCUCUCCAUUUAUGCCGACCAAUCAAGAAUCAUGUGUAACCAUAGCAACCCAGUCAGCUGGAGCCUGGACACCAUUGAAUUCCAUUCAUUCUGCAAAGACAACCUUGUGAAUCCCACUGAUCCAGAUGUUCUUCUAGUUGUGGGUAUAGUAGCAGGAGCAUCGACUGCAUUGGCAGCCAUAAACAUUGUUCUUGCUAUUGCUGUAUGGAAGUUGAAAAACAAAGGUCACAAGCGAAAACAGGGCGAUGGACCUGCUGGACAAGAUGGCGAUCAGCCUGUGACUGCCAGAGGUGUAUCCCCAACACAACCCCAACUUCAGAGUGUCGCUCCAGCAACGGCCACCCUUGAAUACUCCACUGUCCAGUUCACCCCAAACCCGUCAGGCUUUUCGAAGAGCACCCCAGCCCCAUCCCCAGCUCCGACAACAACUGUGUACGACACGAUUCAAUCCAGUCGCAUCACCCCAAACCCCACACCCCCUCAGGAUUCUCUUCAGGACUCCCCAAGCGAGCGCACUCUGCCGGAGUCCCCAACCGAACCUCAACUGCCUACGGAGCGCGUGCAGCCUCAGGAGUCCCCAACCGAACCUCUACUUCCUACAGAUCCCACACUGCCUCAGGAGUCCCCUCCGAAGUCCUUAAGUGAACUUCUACCAUCUACACAUCAGCAGGACUCCCCAAGCGAACCUCAACUGUCUACAGAGCGCAUGUUGCCAGAAGGCCUCUACGCUGAAGUCAACAAGAAGAAAACUGCUACUAGCUAGCUCAGUUACACUUACGGAAAUUUACCACCGGCUUCAGUCUCCUUUUUCUAUUUUUAUAAGAAUAUUAUUGUGAUGAUAUUUGAAUGUGAUACUUUAUGGUUUGAGGGAAUCAUUGCUAUAUUGGUUUAAAGGUGAACUAAUUGAAUAUAAUUAAGGAUUUAAUGCUACACCCGAGAUAUUUAGAUAAUAUAAAAUACAUAAAAUGAUUAAAUACAUAUAGCAAACCAGAGAUGCAGUCAUUGCUUUGUGUCGCACAUGUCCAUCAUUACUGUAAGAUGUUAGUACUGUCUUGUCUUUGUUAUACUUUUGUUUCAACUUUUUUUGUUUAUUUUUUAUAUUGAUAUCAUUUUUAUUUUGUAUUUAUAGCUGUAAUACAUAAUUCUAUUUAAGUUUGAACGCUUUUCAUGACUGAAUGUGUUUGAGACUGCCGAUGCAAAGAAACUAGUUUGCAAGCUAGUUGCUGUGAGGGGGAGAACCUUUCCCCUUCUCGGUGUCUCACUGCUUUUGAAGGACUCGUUGUUUUGUGUGCAUCAUGGACUUCUGUGUGGCGGUGCUGCAUGCGCUGUGCAGCUCUAAUGCCGUGUCCAGACCAAGAGCGAACUACGCUGCCUGGUAGCGUGGGUAGCAGAAGAAGUUUCGCCUUGAAUACGCUGUAUUCGCUCGAGACGCAGCAUUGACAUGUUUGAUUCAGCUAAUCACAUAACGGCUCUGGCUUGACAGCCUGGGACAUUCGGAGAUAUGAACGUUCCGAUUGGUUGUCGCUGAACAGCGUCAGAGCGAAUUCGCCUGCGAUUAGAUUUAGUUUAAUCUUCAAAAUUCGCUCUGGUCGCGCAAGAAGCUUCGCUACCGGCGAAUUCGCUUUGGUAGCGCAGGUCGCGUGCCCUCCAUAGAGAAAUAAUGACUUCCGUCGCUUCGUUCGCUCCGUUCGCUCUUGGUCUGUACACGGCAUAAGGGAGCGCGGGGGACCGUGGACGUGCGCAUGUUUUCAUGCACAGUGCAGCGAGGUGGAACACUGAUUGAGCUUUGGGGUCCACGGUUAUUUCCGGCGUUCCGGGUCGGUGUG